AUAACACAGACACACUACUGCGGGUUCUGUCCAUGCGCUGCUACGGCAUACAACAUCGGACCACACAAAUUUAAUUGACGUUACGAUCAUCAAUCCUCUCAUCUGUGAGUUCGUUCAUUCAUUCAUUCCCCUUUCGAUUGAAUUUCCCCUUAACUUAAUUUCUCAAUUCCCCCUUUUUUAAUUGAAUUUUUUUCCUUUAAUUUUAUUCAAUCUUGCAUCAAAUUAGAGCAGAUUACAAAAAAGAUUGUAUCUUUCUUAUUUCUUUCCGAUUGAAUCUUUGUAACCGCAGUUAAUUUAUUGGGUUUUGAAACAUAAAAUUUGUUGUUGAAAAUGGGUUGUACUGUGAGGGAAAAACACAUUAGAACAAGUAGAAGAUCAAGAUCAAUGAAACCCACAAAUACAGAUGUUGAUAAUUUUCAUCAUCAUCAAACUCUAUUUAAUGAUAGAACUUCUGCACUGGCUAAGUCUAUGCUUGAAUCUGGGUUUAAACCAUGGGCGUAUAACAUGGGUUUUAGUGAUUCUAUGCAAAAUGGUGUUUCAAACCCUAAUAAUAACCCAAAUUCUAGUAAUGCCCAGAACCCUAGUUUUGAUGAUUGUGGAUGGGGGUAUUGUACUGAGGAACAAUUAGAGGAGAUUUUGUUGAAGCAAUUGGAGUUUUUGUAUAAUGAGGCGCUGUCGAAGCUUGUUUCUUUAGGGUAUGAUGAGGAGGUUGCAUUGAAAGCAGUGUUGAAGAAUGGACAUUGCUAUGGGGGUAUGGAUGUGUUGACUAAUAUCUUGCAUAAUUCAUUGGCUUUUUUGAAUAGUGGGUGUUGUGGAAAUGAUGGGGGCCAUGGGGAGUCCGAGCUUAUUUUUACGGAUUUGAAGCAUUUGGAAGAGUAUUCUCUUGCGGGUAUGGUUUGUCUGUUGCAGCAAGUUCGUCCCAAUUUGAGUCGAGGGGAUGCAAUGUGGUGCCUCCUUAUGAGUGAUCUUCAUGUGGGUCGGGCGAGUACUAUUGACAUUCCUAUGCUUUCCUCACCUAGUAAUGCAGUGAGCAAUGUGGAAAGUGUUAGUACCAACUCCUCUGGUUCUGGAGUUAGUGUCCCCCCUGGGUUGUGUAAGUUUCAUGGGGGUUGGGGUUUUGGAAAUGGGCCCAAUUCAGAGCUUCCUAGUAAUGAUUUUGGUGGCUUUUUCCCUUAUUCAGAAGCUAGCAUUCAGAGAGAAAUCGAUUGUGCUAAGAGGUUUAAUCUCAGUCCUUCUAUGAAGUCCCUGUUGAAGCGGAAUGUUGCAGCCUUUGCUGCUGGGUUCCGCUCCAAACAGAAGCUACAAAUGCAGUCUCAACCUUGCGCCAGCUCUGUGGUUAGUGGUGAUUCAACUAAAGAAACUGCAUCUGCCACUGUUGAUGUGCCAAGUGAGCCUGGUGUGGAGUCUAAUGAUAAUAACCAAGACAUUGUGAACUCUUUGUUGAGUAAAUUUCAAGAUUUGAAUCUUGAUGAGAAUUUAGAGUGUGUUACGGAGGAUCAGAAGGAUGAGAUAAUCUUGACUUUAUUGCAUCAAGUAAAGGAUUUAGAGAAGCAGGUAAAUGACCGUAAGGAAUGGGCUCAUCAGAAGGCAAUGCAAGCUGCUAGAAAACUUAGCAGUGAUCUGACAGAACUUAAGAUAUUGAGAACUGAGAGAGAGGAGACUCAGAGGUUAAAAAAGGGUAAGCAGACCCUGGAAGAUUCAACCAUGAAGAGGUUAUCUGAUAUGGAGAAUUCUCUAAGGAAGGCUAGCAGUGAGGUUGAUCGUGCCAAUGCAGCUGUUAGACAGCUUGAGGUUGAGAAUGCUGAAAUUCGAGCAGAGAUGGAGGCUUCUAAGCUGAGUGCAUCAGAGUCAGUCACAACCUGUUUGGAGGUUGCAAAGAGAGAGAAGAAGUGUUUGAAGAGACUUUUGGCAUGGGAGAAACAGAAAAUGAAGAUGCAAGAGGAAAUUGCUGCUGAAAAACAGAAGAUUGCUGACUUGCAACAGCAAUUUCUGCAGAUUCUUGCAGAUCAGAAGGAAGCUGAGGCGAAGUGGAAGAAGGAAGUGAAGAAAAAGGAGCAUGCGAUGACUCAGGUGGAGGAAGAAAGACGUUCCAAGGAAGCAACAGAGGGAAACAACAAGAGAAAGCUUGAAGCCUUGCGCAUGAGGAUAGAUAUAGACUUCCAGCGUCACAAGGAUGAUCUCCAAAGACUUGAGCAGGAACUGUCCCGCCUGAAAGCAAGUGCACAUCUCAUUGAGCCACAUCGUGAUUCUUCUGAUGCUUUUGCUACAGGACGCCCCGAAGCUGCAAAAAAUCAAGGGGGGACUAUUGCAAGGCUUCUCCGGGAAUUGGAUGAACCUGAAAAGGAAGGGUCAGAGAGAGAAUGCUUGAUUUGUAUGAAAGAGGAAGUUUCCGUUGUGUUCCUCCCUUGUGCACAUCAAGUAAUGUGUGCUAACUGUGGCGAGGAUUAUGGAAAGAAGGGUAAAGCGAUUUGUCCCUGUUGCCGAUGUCCCAUUGAACAGAAGAUCCGCGUUUUUGGUGCUAGCUCAUAGACACUCAGUUUGUGGCUGAAAUAUUUUUCCUGCACGGACUUCUACAGGUGAGUACACUCUGCAGGAAACAAUGUAUGUAAAUAAGAGGGGUUGGGGAGAAGAAAAAUCGUGUUAUGUGCUUCUGUUUUCAAACUAUCGAAGCAUGAUAUGCUAUAAAAUAAGUCACCAGGAAGGUGAUUCGACAUGGCUACCAGAUGUUUGACUAUACUCAGAACUUCACAGAUGGUAUAUAUUACAUAACUCUGUUCAGAAGGGAAAGCUAAUACUUUGAUGGUAAAUUGUUGUAGCCUCUGAUGGAAUAAAUUGUGGUAAACUUUACUGUUCUUUUGCAUGCUUGUGACUGCUAUUAUUCUUCGGCCUUGAAAAUUUUCCGUUAUAUUUGCUGUGAUGUUUGUUGAUGUUCUUUAUUAUGGAGUACUGUUUGUGAUGAUAAUUGCUGUAACUCUGCAAGUAAUAUUAGCAGGAAGUAUAACCCAGAAA